AUGACGUCCUCCCCCUCACUGGACCGUUUUCCCGAUGAGCUCAUCCGCCACAUCCUUCUAUAUGUCUCGCCCGAGGACAACGUCCUGAACAUUCAGCCAGUCUCGCGGCGUUUCUACCACAUUGCCAACGAACCGCUGUUAUGGCGAUAUCUUUGCCGAAACUCGUUUACUUUCUGGAAGCCUGAACACUACUUCUUCGCGAAACUGUCGGACCCGAGACCAACUACUAUCGAGUGGAAGAAGCUAUGGCUUCGAAGGAAAAGGCAGAACCACUUGAUUAAACGCCUCCUGGACGAGAUCCUCACAACGAGAUACCACCAGCUGAGAAAUCUCCAGCGCAUCUGUCAGUUCGGUUACGACGCCAAGGACUUUCUUUUGGAGCAAUGUCACGUCGAUGAAUCCCACGAUGACGUUCUGGCCAGAAGGUACUAUGCGAAUUCAGCAUUGGACAGCAUCCACAGAGGCAUGGCUGUAGAGGUAUGGUCCAAGUGCUAUGAAACGGGGACCGAUCCGUACUCGGGGCUCGAUCGUGCUCUCGGCGCAUUCGACCUGUUCGUUCUACACGACCAGCCCCAAGACCUUGAAUACAUAUUAAGCACACUGGACACGCUCGCUCAGAGAUUUAUGCUGGAGCACCCAGAACAUAAGAUCAUGUCGACAAGGCAGAAGGCUCUAGCCUUGAAUCGCUGGCUGAGGGCCCAGAAUCUCAUGGGGAUGGAGAACGAGACCGUCAACUACCACAACCUGAGGAACUGCCUUCUAGGGCACGCCCUGUCUGACGACGAGCAUCCGUCACUUCCCAUAAUCUCGAGCGCCAUAUUUGCUUCGGUUGCCGAACGCCUCGGCAUGUCAAGCGCAUGUUGUGCAUUCCCGAGCCAUGUCCACGCGUCUGUGAAGGCUCCUCCAGGUAUGACCUUGGAUGGUGAUGUGGAAGAGGACCCCAAAGCCGAACCGGAAACUAUGUAUCUGAACCCUUACAAGUGGGAUGGGGAGGUCACACUUGAUGAGCUACGGAGGGCACUGGUCGAGUUGGGCUGGACUCAAGGGUCAGAGGUGUUUCUGAGGGCGUCACCUGUGCCAAUCAUCGUCCUCCGAACAGCGGCCAAUAUCAAAGCCGCCACGAGUCGAAUUCAAAAUCUCGCCGACCGAUCAGGGGAGCCCAUCGAGGUCGAAGCGAAGCGGUUGCGGGCGGGUCAUCCAGACAUCAACGUGGAGGCGGCCAAGUAUGCCUCGAUGUGGGCCGAACUGAUGGUCAAGCCGGUUUCCAGUGUUCACUGGGACCAUAACCUUGAGACCUUUCUGCACUCAUUUGCCAUGUCGUGGGGCGAAGACGCCUGGAUCGUUCGCAAAUAUCUUCUUCCAAUGUACGAACAAUUCGUCGCAUCGCAACCCCACGUGCGCAACCGGGCUGGAUGGGAAAAUGUCCGCGAGAUUCUCAACAUGCUAGACAACCUCGACAGGAGGGAGGCGGUCGUCACCCGUCGCUACACGCAGGAGAUGCAGGAACGCGUGCGCUACAGGAUCGGCCAGGUCUUCCGUCACAAGAGAUACGGAUGGAUCGGAAUCAUCAACGGCUGGGCAGCUGGGUCUGCAGGCCUUCCGGUUCCGCAUUACCUCGAUGGCUACGAGGAUGAAGUCCAGUCUCCAACGACUUCUCCCAGAUCUUCAGGGGACAGGCUGCACUCAGAAGGCCAGCUAAGGCCUCAGUUGGCCAGAGUGUUUUAUACAUGCAUGAGUUCUAAGAGACCUAGGAUUGACCGCUUGCGGGUGGCUCAGAAUAGCAUCGAGAUUAUCACCGAUCCUAACCUCAUUCCCGAAUCGCUCAAGUUCCUGGCGGGCAAGUAUUUCAAGCGGUUUGACAGAAAAACCUGCACUUUCGUAUCGAACAUUAAGGAAUCGUACCCCGACGACUAGAUCUCUCUGGGUCAAUCAGUUCAGUGAUCUUUGGAGAUCCUGCAGAGGAGAUGAUGGGAAGAGAUGUCGAGGGAUGCAAAAGGGAGGGCCGCGGAAGAUGCGUGUAUCAUGUUGUACAAUAAGAGAGAUGUUGGGGCCGCAGGGUUGUUGAAAUAUAUGUAUACCUUGUACAACAACAAAGCAACUAUCA